AUUCAACGUCAUGGAAUUAGAAUUGGUGCAUGAUGCUUAUAAAAAAGAGUUAGAACGGGUAUGUGAAAAGCACCAAAUUGAACUAGAUGAAAAUGAACAACGACAUCGAAAUGAGAUACAACGUUUGUGUGCUGAAAAUGCAUCUGAAAUAUCUAAUCUCAAAUUGACUCUUAAAUCUUUAUUUGAAACUGAGUUGGUAAAAAUUAAGAAUAAUCAUGAACAUGAGAUUUGUGAAUUAAAAGAACAAUUUGAGAAACGUUUAAAUGACCUUAAAGAUUGUGACUUGGAUACAUUAACAAAACGUAUUGAAGAUGAUAUAACAAAAACCCAUGCAAAACAUAAGAAAAUAGUUUCAUAUUUAGUAAAUGAAAUAUACAAACUUAAAAAAACGAUAAUAAAUUCUUCUUUUGAUGAUGUUGAUCGGUUUUCGUCUAUAGAUUCCUUUGAUCCAAAGUUGUUUCAAAACAAUCUAAAUGGACAUGAUGCAGAUAUUGAAACUUCAGACUAUGUAUUAUCCCAGGACAGUAUUGAUAUGCAAAUCAAAGAUCUUGAAGACAUCGUGCAAGAGAGAGAUGAUUUGCGUUCGGUAGCAACUACCCUCCGUCAAUUAUCCAAAUACUUAUGCUCUUUUCUACUAACUAAACAAGAAGAAUUAAACAACUCAAUUGUAGAGCGUAUGAAUGGGAUGAAAUGUGGUGGAGUUUUAGAAGGUGGUGGUGAUAGGUAUGGCAUUGAAUCUACUGAUAAUUGUGAAAAACCUGUUAAUGAAAUGAGAAGUCCAAGAAGAGUACAUUUCAUACCAAACAUUGAGGAGAUUGUAUCAUUAAUUGAUGAACAUUCUGUAUUAGCUGAUUUUACUACUGAAGGAACUAGUGAAGAUCACAAUCAUUUAGAAUUAAAUUCAUGUUUGAAGAAGCUAAAUGAUGAAGCUGCUGCAUUAUCUGAUGUAAUAAAUAAUGAACAACAAUUUCUAAGUAUAAAUUCAGAUGAUAUAUGUUACAUUAGAUAUUUUGAUAAAAAAAUUGAAAAUUAUAAAAAAGAGCUUGAAAAACAGAGAUCAGAAUAUAAAAAAUUAUUUAUGGAAAAUUCUGCACUUGAACAAGAAAAUGUAUCAUUAAAGGAGCAACUUGAAAAAGAAAGUUCUGAUGUUAAUGAUAAAAAACAGUAUAAUGAUAUUGACAAUGAAAAUUUAAUAUUAUUGAAAAAAAAAGCACAAGAAUUAAUUAAAAAUUACAAUGAUUGGCCUAAUUUACAAAUUAUAUUUGACGAGUUUUCUGCCGAAUAUAACAAAAUCAUUGAAAACAUAAAAAAUGAUAAAGAUGAUCUUGCUCAACAAUUAGAUGUAGCAGAUAGGCGACUUAAGUCAUCACAAAAGUUCAUAAAAGAUCAAAUUGCUGAACGUGAAGUUGAAAGAGAAGAAUUUGAUAGUAAAUUGGAGACAUUAAAAUUCCAAUUGAAAGAAAAAGAAAGGGAAUCACUGGAUACUGAAGAUCUUAGAUCACAUACUGAACAAGUGGUGACUGAGGCUGAAGAGCGGUACAUUAAGUUAGAGAAUAGAUGUUUAAGAACUGAAGAACUAUUAAAUACUUCCAAACUUGAGGUACUAUCAUUAAAGAAUAUUAUUCUUAACCAGGAGACCAGAAUAGAAAAUUUGAUAAAAAAUGAAAUUUCUCAAAAAAAUUCAAUUAAUCAACUAACAAAUAUGUUAGAAGAGGAACAAAAUAAUCAACAAGAUAUGCUUACUGAAUUAAACCGAUUGAAAAAUUUAUUAGAAGAACAAAUUCAAAAUGAUGGUCAUGAAUUUGCUGAUAUUGAGAUUGUUAUUAAUAAAAUAAGAUUGCAGUUAAAAGAUGUUGAAAAAACCAUUUCUAAGCGAAUCAAAGAUCUUGAUACUUUUUGGGUUACUGAAGAAUGCGGUUCACCAAUGUCUGAAGAUAUAUCUGUAGCAGAACGUUGUGAACUACCCAAUAAAAUAAGUAUUGAGAAAAAUAGUUCUCCUGCUCGUAUAGUUGCAACUUUAGAUGAUGUAUUCAUUAGAUUACAAGAGCGUUUAAACAGGCUUUUUAAAUCAGAAGAUGCUAUUUUUAAGCAUGAAUCAGAUCAACAAAACAUAGUUAAUAAGCUCAAUAAACAAGUUAAAAGUUUAGAAUCUGAAGUAGAUAUGUUGAGAACAAGAUUAGCCGAAAAAAGUGAUCAAUUAAUUACUGCUAAAAUGAAAAUUGAUGAACUUAGAGUAUUAAAAAAUGACAAUGUUCAUUUGGCUACCUCACAGUUACAAGAAAAACUUCAAAAAAUUACUAUAGAAAACAAGCAAUGCUCUCAAAUUAUGGAAGAACAAAAUCAUGAGAUAAGAACUUUGAAAGAUUCAACAAAAUAUUUUAAGAAUAUGUUAUCUGCUUAUGAAACAAAACUUGCCGAAAAAGAAAAUAUUGAUCCUAAUACAUUUAAUAAUCUCGAGUCAAAAGUUGUACAUCUUGCUGAAGAAAACAUUAGUUUACAAAUUAAUUUAGCCAGUAAAAUAUCUGAAAUAGAAGCAUUAUCUAACCAGCUUAAUAGUUUACAAAAUACAGAGUUGACUAAAAAUGACGGGAAUACACAAAAUCAUAGUGUUUCUAAAAGCAUUGGGACGGACAUGCACAUAAGUGAAAAUGAACAAAUGCGCCGAGCAAUUCCUAAUGAAUCUAAUACUUUACCUUCUUUACAAAUGUCUUAUCAUCAUCAAGAUAUUUCUAUGCGUGAGCCAUCAAUUAUAAAUUUAAGUCUUCCCUCUCAGAUUACUAAGGACAAUACAAAUAUCCACAGUUCUAUAUCAGAGGAGUUGAAAUCGGCACUAGCCAAUACAAAAUUGGAGUUGGAAGAAAAAAAUGCUUUGAUAAAAGUAAUGGAAAAGGAUACAGAACUUAUGGAUCAACAACUUAAAGAACUUAAAGAAUCUAUAAAAACAUUGACUUUUGAAAAAAAUGCUCUCGAAAAUCAUAAUCAUACUUUAAUAGAAAAUGAAACAUUAUUAACAGACAAGUUAAACGAUGCAUUAACACAUCUUGAUAAAAAGCAAGAAACAUUGUCUGAACUUGAAACAUUAGGUGUAAAGUUGAGAGCUGAAAUUCAACCAUUAGUUUAUAUGAAAGAUGUUUUGGAAAAAAAAAUCUCUGCAUUUAAAGAUUGUAAUAAAAUACAAUCAGAGAGGAUAGAUUGUUUAGAAAACAUUAAUAGUGAACUUUUAAAUGAAUGUGAUAACUUAAAAAAAAAUCAAAAGGAUUUAGAAGAAAUUAAGUCUAUACAACAGGAUAAUUGGACAUUAAAAAAUGAACUAUUAAAUAAUGAAAAGUUCAAAGUAGAAGUUAAUGAAAAGUUGGAGAAAUUGAAAAAUGAGAAUGAUGUAUUGAAAAGUAAAAAUCUAGCGCUGAUAGAUGAUAUUGAAAAUUUAAAAUUGGAUAAAUAUCGCUUAAAAAAUGAAUUAGAAAAGAAUGAAGAGUUGCAUGCUGAUGAGUUAGUUGGAUAUCAAAAUUUAUUAGCUGAAGAACAGAACAAAAAACAUCAAAUUAACAUGGAAUUAUUGAAAACUAUUGAAGAAUUAACAAUUCAAGCUUCAGAACAACAUCAAUUGAUGUCUGGUAUACAAGAGAACAAGGAAUUGGAAGUGACAUGUACAUUUUCAGAUUUUAGUUCAGAAAACUUUACUCCUAAUUUGAGUAACCAAACUAAAGAUAGAAUAAAAGCUCUUGAAAUUGAUCUUGAAAAUGAGCGGAAAAAAACUUAUGGAUAUAAAAUAAAUAUUGAAAAUAAAGAUGCUGAAAUCGAGCAAUUAAAUAUUAUAAAAAGAUGUCAAGAACUAAAAAUUACUGAUUAUAUGCAUAGAAUAAAAGUUGAGUUGGAAACAAAUACAAAACUGGAAUUAAAUUUGGCUAAAUUAGAAAAUCAUAUCAAAGAAUUAGAGAACAAAAUUGAAAUAUUCAAAGCCAAAGAUCUAUGUCAAACAAAUGAUAAUUUAGUAGAGAAACUGGAAAAUGAUUUAGUAAAAGUAUUAGAUACAAAUGAAAUGUUAGAUAAAGAAUUAACUAGAAUUUUAGACAUAAAAGAAGAAACUGAUCAACACUUAAUCGAAGCCUAUAAAAAAAUUGCUGAGCUUGAAACUCAAAAAAACCAAAUUUCACUUUUAUUGGAACAACUAGACAGUAAAAAUCAAAUGAUUGAGACAUUUAAACAUCAACUGGAUAAUGCAGAUAUUGUAAUAAAAGAUCAACAAGCAAAAAGUGAUAAAGAUAAACGAUUAUUAGAACUAAAGCUUUUAGACUUAAAUAAAGAACUUAAGGAGAGUAAACAAAAAUAUCAAGAAAUAGUAAAUGAUUUUGAAAUUAUGAAACACUAUGUAACUAAGAAAAAAAAAAAAACUGAAGAGAUUUCUGAAAAAAAUGAUAACAUGGAAUCACAGUUGAACAUGGCGGAAAAAACUGCAACUGAAUGGCAAAAAAAAUAUAAUGAUUUGCUAAAUGAGAACUGUGAAAUAAAACUCAAAUUUGAAAUCUUGGAUGCUGAAUGUGGACAUUUGCAAAACAAAAUUACAGAGUUGCAACACAAGCUUACCUUAAGUGAUCACUAUAAAAACAGAUUGAUGAUUGAUAUUCAGGACAUAACUACACCUGCAGACUUGGAACUAAAACAUUCAAAAUUGAUUCUCAAUUUAGAAACCGAAAAUGUGUUAAUAACUAAGAAACUAACAGAGACCCGAGAAAAGUACAAUAAGUGUAGAGCUCAUCUAGAAGAUAUAAAAACUAUGUUGACUAGUCAGAAUUUAAAAAAUAUUGCCCAGGCAAAUGUGGAACUUUGUAACACAAGAGACAAAUUACAAAAUGAGGUUAUGGAAUUAAAAUGUUGUGUUCAAGAUUUAAAUAGAAAAUUAUUGGAAAAAAAGGUUGAAAACCAUUGGCCUGUAGAUGGUAAUCAGCGCAUUACACGAGUAGAAGCUCUCUACCAUUCGUUGGUUUGGCAAAAGAUGUACCUAGUAAAGUUGGCCAGAGGCAAAGACAAGUUGCUCAGAUUUAUCAUUCAAGAAUGGCCUGACUUAGAUAAUAGUAUUGUCAAAACUAUGAUGCAAAGAAUAUGUGCCAAAAGAAAGAUGUCCAAGUUUAAAAUCGUUGCUAUUAGUUUAAUAGCAAUUAAUCGUAUGAGACUGAUAGCUGUGAAACAAGUACAACCCAAAAUUGAUCUCACACAGUCUCAACUUAAUCUAACACAUUACAAUUUACCAAAAAAAAUGCCAUGGAUUAAGUGUUAAUUAAUAUGAUGUUUCUCAUAUGUUGCCAUUAAAAUUAGUAGAUUUAUAUGCAUACAUAUAAUUUUAUUGUAGUUAGGUACUAUUUAUUUUGUAUGUAUUGAUCAUUUUUAAAUAUUUAGCAUAGGAUUUUUACGUGUAACUUAUCAUACAUAUUUCUUUAUUGUGAUAUUCUUAAUAACUAGUAAAUAAUAUUUUUAAA